UUCAGUGCGAAAUGAAUAAAGAUGGCAGCCUCCUUAGAAGAACCUGUCGUGCUAGCCGAUGAUAUAAAAGACCACACUAUUCUAUAUGUAAACGCUUCCUGCACUGAAGGAAACGUAAUCGUGACCCAAAAUCCAAACUUGAUAAACAUUUACAAGAUUGAUGAUCAGAAAGCUCUACAGAGCUGGUCGACUAAACACAAUGAGCACAUUACAAGUCCAGUGAUUUGGAGUGAAUUUGACAAGAAAUAUAUCGCGGUGAUCAACAAGAAGACUGUCAGGACUUGGGGAGAAGAAGAACAGGAUUUUGAGAAGUCAACCACAAAAAAUGCAAAACAUGCAAUAAAGAGGAUCCUGCCAAACGACAGUACAAGUCCAGUUGUUGUUUAUAACAAUGGGGCUGUUGCAUUCCUCAGUAAGAUCAAGGAGGCAAGAGAAGGUCCUCUGUCUGGUAAUGACAAUAUCGUGUUCUGUGAUCUAGUGAAGAUUGAUUCGGAUGUGUGUGUACUCUGUCUAGCACAGCAGGAGAAUCAGCUACAGCUGAUGAGUCACUGGUACAAAAAUGAGGAGUGGAUCCAACAUACUCAUCAGGUAGAGAUGGCUGUAAACACAGAAUUUGUCAGUUGCCACACAAUCUCCAGCGGAACCAGUGUUAGAAUAUUCAUUCUAUGUUUGAAUGGUGAUUUGUUAUGUCAGACUUUGUCAUUCCAUCAGUGUACAUCACAAGUGUUGCAGACUAUUUCUGGAGUUACCAAGGCAACCAGAAUGGUUGCACUAAACUCUACUCAUAUUGUGCUAGCAGCCACUUCCAAAGACAACCAAGAAAUUGUUGGAAUAUAUGACAUAAAAUUUGGAGCAUAUGAGAUUUGGAAGAAUUUACCAACUCCAAGGAAAUCAUCUAUUAAAUUGUUUGUUCUGCAUGGGCACCUGUUCAUGUUGUGCCACAGAACCCUGUAUAUGUAUUCCUACUCCUGCCACCCCUCCACAUUAUCCAGCAUUCUGGGUCAUCAACGGGUCAACACCCAUCUCCAAACAGAGGCCACACCUCCAGGUCCAAUGUCCUGGUCCAAAUCAAAGUCACCAUCCACCAGUAGUAAGGCAAACAAGCUGUUUACAGAGUUGCAUAAUGUGUAUUUGACCAAGACACAGAAUGAAUUUGAGAAGAAAUUUUUAAGUAUCUUGAAAAGCCAUGGAAAUGAUCUAGAAGGGCUGAUGAGUGAAACAUCCACCAUGGAGCAGAUUGUGCGGAGGUGUGUGACCAGUGAAAAGUUCUGGCCACACAGCAUUCUAGAUCAACUUUUAGUACACAGACUGGUCCCUCAUAGGUGUAUUAAUGAUAUAGCAGAGGGGCUAACUAAACAUGAAGAUGUGGCUCUACUUCUGCAGUGCCUCAAUGCUGUCGGUGAUAUUCCAGAAGAAUCACUCUGUGUUUUCACAAAUUUCAUUCUCAGUGCUGAAGACUCUAAAGUAAUUGAGGCAGUGAAAAGAGAUGGGUUCUCAGUGACCAGCAAAAGCAGCCAACCUAUUUCAGAGAGCAAAGGUCACAUAAUAAAUAAGAUUGUCAGGAAGUCAUACAAUGAUACUUUCAUGAUCGAGUGUCUUCACAGAGUUACCUUCAACAAUGUUUUGGUAUUGUUGGAGUAUCUGUGUUAUUUGAUCAAUAACCUGGACACUAAAGGCAGCUCUGCACCCGAUCUCACUCAGAUUGUGAAUUUUGUCUGUGUGCUGGUUGAUGUAGCCCCCUGUUUGAGUUUUGUUUUUGUAUUGUAGAUUGUGAAUUUUGUCUGUGUGCUGGUUGAUGUAGCCCCCUGUUUGAGUUUUGUUUUUGUAUUGUAGAUUGUGAAUUUUGUCUGUGUGCUGAUUGAUGUAGCCCCCUGUUUGAGUUUUGUUUUUGUAUUGUAGAUUGUGAAUUUUGUCUGUGUGCUGUUUGAUGUAGCCCCCUGUUUGAGUUUGUUUUUGUAUUGUAGAUUGUGAAUUUUGUCUGUGUGCUGGUUGAUGUAGCCCUUUGUUUGAGUUUGUUUUUGUAUUGUAGAUUGUGAAUUUUGUCUGUGUGCUGGUUGAUGUAGCCCCCUGUUUGAGUUUGUUUUUGUAUUGUAGAUUGUGAAUUUUGUCUGUGUGCUGUUGAUGUAGCCCUUUGUUUGAGUUUGUUUUUGUAUUGUAGAUUGUGAAUUUUGUCUGUGUGCUGGUUGAUGUAGCCCCCUGAGUUUUGUUUUUGUAUUGUAGAUUGAGAAUUUUGUCUGUGUGCUGGUUGAUGUAGCCCCCUGUUUGAGUUUUGUUUUUGUAUUGUAGAUUGUGAAUUUUGUCUGUGUGCUGGUUGAUGUAGCCCCCUGUUUGAGUUUGUUUUUGUAUUGUAGAUUGUGAAUUUUGUCUGUGUGCUGGUUGAUGUAGCCCUUUGUUUGAGUUUGUUUUUGUAUUGUAGAUUGUGAAUUUUGUCUGUGUGCUGUUGAUGUAGCCCUUUGUUUGAGUUUGUUUUUGUAUUGUAGAUUGUGAAUUUUGUCUGUGUGCUGGUUGAUGUAGCCCUUUGUUUGAGUUUGAUUUUGUAUUGUAGAUUGUGAAUUUUGUCUGUGUGCUGGUUGAUGUAGCCCUUUGUUUGAGUUUGUUUUUGUAUUGUAGAUUGUGAAUUUUGUCUGUGUGCUGUUGAUGUAGCCCUUUGUUUGAGUUUUGUUUUUGUAUUGUAGAUUGUGAAUUUUGUCUGUGUGCUGUUGAUGUAGCCCUUUGUUUGAGUUUGUUUUUGUAUUGUAGAUUGUGAAUUUUGUCUGUGUGCUGGUUGAUGUAGCCCUUUGUUUGAGUUUGUUUUUGUAUUGUAGAUUGUGAAUUUUGUCUGUGUGCUGGUUGAUGUAGCCCUUUGUUUGAGUUUGUUUUUGUAUUGUAGAUUGUGAAUUUUGUCUGUGUGCUGGUUGAUGUAGCCCUUUGUUUGAGUUUGUUUUUGUAUUGUAGAUUGUGAAUUUUGUCUGUGUGCUGUUGAUGUAGCCCUUUGUUUGAGUUUGUUUUUGUAUUGUAGAUUGUGAAUUUUGUCUGUGUACUGGUUGAUGUAGCCCUUUGUUUGAGUUUGUUUUUGUA